GAGUAUGACGUCACCCGCAGGAAGUGUAGUUCCGUAAAAAAAAUCAACCCCUUAUAGGAAUGUGAAGCGAGACUCCUGUGAACUCCAACUCCCACAAUUCUAAUCUGAGCAACCGUAGUGCGCAGUUUGCUUGUAGGUCCCAAAGAGACGCCAGUAGCAUUAGCCGAGAGACAUUGAAUGACUUUGUACCACUUGUGCGGCAGCGUGAAGAAAGUUGUGUGUUUGACAGGUCGGCAUUCGUAUCGGAGCUCAUGGAGGCCCUCAUACCUGUCAUAAACAAACUGCAGGAUGUAUUCAACACGGUUGGCGCAGACGUCAUUCAUCUGCCGCAGAUAGUUGUUGUGGGGACUCAGAGCAGUGGGAAGAGUUCGGUUUUAGAGAGCCUGGUUGGCAGGGACAUCCUGCCACGCGGCACCGGCAUCGUCACACGUCGACCUCUUAUCCUCCAGCUAGUGCACAUCGAUUCAGAGGACUGCAAGAAAACCAGUGAAGAGAAUGGCAUCGACGGAGAAGAAUGGGGCAAAUUUCUUCACACCAAAAAUAAGACCUACACAGACUUCGAGGACAUCAGGCAAGAAGUCGUAGCAGAAACUGAAAGAAUUUCAGGCAAUAACAAGGGUAUAAGUGAGGAGCCCAUUCACCUGAAAAUCUUCUCCCCACACGUUGUGAACCUCACAUUGGUGGAUCUGCCUGGCAUUACGAAGUUGCCGGUGGGAGACCAGCCCAAAGACAUAGAGCUCCAGAUCAAAGAAUUGAUCUUCAAGUACAUCUCCAACCCCAACUCCAUCAUCCUGGCUGUGACGGCUGCCAAUACGGACAUGGCAACCUCAGAGGCCCUUAAAGUCGCCCGCGAGGUUGACCCUGAUGGCAGGAGGACGCUAGCAGUGGUGACCAAGCUGGAUUUGAUGGAUGCUGGCACAGACGCCAUGGAUGUAUUGAUGGGCAGGGUCAUUCCUGUCAAACUGGGCAUUAUUGGAGUCGUUAACAGGAGUCAGUUGGAUAUCAAUCAGAAGAAGUUAGUGGCAGAUGCCACCCGUGAUGAAUACGCCUUCCUACAGAAGAGGUACCCCUCGCUUGCAAACAGAAAUGGAACCAAAUAUCUGGCCAGAACAUUGAACAGGUUACUCAUGCACCACAUCAGAGACUGUCUUCCUGAGCUGAAGACGAGGAUCAACGUGCUGGCCGCUCAGUACCAGUCGUUACUCAACAGUUAUGGCGAACCCGUCGAUGACAAGAGCUCCACUUUGCUGCAACUCAUCACCAAGUUUGCUGCAGAGUACUGCCACACCAUCGAGGGCACGGCCAAGUACAUCGAGACAACUGAACUAUGUGGUGGAGCGAGAAUCUGUUAUAUUUUUCAUGAAACGUUUGGUCGCACAUUGGAGUCAGUAGAUCCCCUGGGUGGUCUGACGACCAUCGAUGUGCUCACAGCGAUCAGAAAUGCGACGGGCCCGAGGCCUGCUUUAUUCGUGCCUGAGGUUUCAUUUGAGCUGCUGGUAAAGCGGCAGGUGAAGCGCCUGGAGGAGCCCAGUCUACGCUGCGUGGAGCUGGUUCACGAGGAGAUGCAGAGGAUUAUCCAGCACUGCAGCAACUACAGCACACAGGAGUUACUGAGGUUUCCAAAGCUCCAUGAUGCCAUAGUGGAAGUGGUCACCUCGUUACUCAGAAAGAGACUCCCAGUCACCAAUGAAAUGGUUCACAACCUGGUUGCCAUUGAGCUGGCCUAUAUCAACACCAAGCACCCUGACUUUGCCGAUGCCUGUGGCAUCAUGAACAAUAACAUAGAGGAGCAGAGACGCAACAGAAUGAGAGACCUGCCCUCUGCGGUGCCCAGAGACAAGGCUGCAGCAGGUGGCUCUCAGAGCGGCAACGCCGGCGAGCAGACAGACAGCGGGACGGGGAACUGGAGGGGCAUGUUGAAGAAGGGAGAGGACGGACCAGCUGGGGACCGAGCCAUGCUCCAGUACCCCGUCCCUGCAAGCCCACAAAGGGGCCAUGCUGUCAACCUGCUAGAUGUGCCUGUACCAGUGUCCAGAAGGUUGUCUGCUCGAGAGCAGAGGGACUGUGAGGUCAUCGAGAGACUCAUCAAGUCCUACUUCCUUAUUGUACGGAAAAACAUCCAGGACAGUGUACCGAAGGCGGUGAUGCACUUCCUGGUGAACCAUGUGAAGGACUGCCUGCAGAGUGAGCUGGUGGGUCAGUUAUACAAGGCGGGCCUGCUGGAUGACCUGCUGACAGAGUCCGAGGACAUGGCGCAGAGACGCAACGAGGCCGCCGACAUGCUCAAGGCACUGCAGAAAGCCAGCCAGGUGAUCGCCGAGAUCAGAGAAACCCAUCUGUGGUGAGGGCGGCCCCCCUUCAGCAGGCCCCGUUCGUCCCUCGUGGACCAUCCAAAAGCUCCUCAGACUGCAGAGACGAACAAGUUGACAAUGCACUGGUGUUGAUAGGUGUAUAUCGAAACAUAGUUUUAAUGUACAGUAAGGACUUGGAUUUAAUGAAGGGCAGUGCAUAUCGGCUCCUCUCCAUCAGCAUCAUACACGCUCCUGUCCUAGUUAUUCUAUAUUUUUUCCCAUGUAAUUGAAACGAUAAGUAGAUAAUGUUGUGCAUCACCACAAUGUGGAGCCUUGCUGAGGAAUCUCUGCUCCUAAUUUAAAAUUGAAUUAAAGCUGAAAAUGAAAAAAAAAAAAAAAAAAAACUCACGUUGCAAAAUGUAGACGUUCUCAAAUCUUUUAUUAGAGGUUGACUCAAUGUGUCUACUGAUUGUUUCCAAAGAAAAAUGCACUUCAUGUAGAUAUUAUUCUGUUAAAAACCACAGACAUGAAACCAUUCUACAUCAGACACACAUUUGUCCCUUUUUGUUUACAUGUUUCAACAAGAUCUCAUCACGUUUUUAGAGGUUUAAGUACAUUGAAUAGCAGCUGAACGGUUCUGGCUGCUUGAGUUGUUGUAUAAAUAUGUGAUGGUACUGUAUGCUGGACGUAGUUACACAGAAACAGACAACCUGCAUUGUGUGCAGAGAGGCAGCAGAGUGGAUGUAAUGUCUUUAUUUAUUGUUUUGAUAUCACGAUAAUUGACAUGUAACCCAACACAACAGAACAAUGAAUACACAGAUAAUAGACGCGCGGGCCAAUCAUCUGCUUUGUCCCCGUCUGGCUGCUCCUUCACCGCAGCCGGCCGCCCAUCUUGCCCUUGCCACGUCCUUUGGCGCUGAAAAGGAUGCAGGAAAAGAUAAAUGCAAAGCAGCGCAAUCAGUUUAGGACACGCGGAGGUCGUUCACUUUGUGCUCUCGGCCAAUCAAAGCGCAUAACGGCAAACGGAGUGUAUCGAUGAAGUAUUGAUGGUAAACACGCGCAUGUUCUCUGUCUCAGACCGUUGUUCUGAAACGCGUUGGAUUCAAUCAGAAUUGUAAAGACUCGGCUAAAUAAAUGUAUUUCAGUGCAGUUUGAACGUUUGUCACGCUAAGGACAUUGCAAAUAAACUAAAGUGUAUUUCCUUUACAGUUUUGAAAGGGUCCCGUUCAUGCUCAGAUAUGUAUCUGCAUUACAGUUCGACUACCAGAGCCUGCCACGUGCAACAUAAAACAUACGAGCAGAGCGUGGCACGUCGUACGUAAUUCCAUGCCGGUGUUUGAGAGAAUAAAUGGCCUCAGAGAGGGUUUUGUGGCUAAUCUAUAAAGUUUGAGUGUGUGUUUUUAACAUUAAAAAGAUUGUGGUCGUAC